UGCCAGUCCAAUCCAACACACUCGCUUCCACUGCGAGUUUCCCGCCGUGCACCCAUUUCCAUUCCCAUCUCUUGCAUCUCCCCGAGCAAGCACAUUCCAUCAACCUCUCGGUUCUCCGACACGGGCCUCUUCCUGUCGCAAUCGGGUCACAUGCAACACCCGGAGCCCAGCAGCGACGGGCCUAGUUGGCAGCUCUGCAGUCAAUUGUCGGGCUGCCGGGCGGACAGCAGCCACGAGCACAUGCUUGGUUUCCCUCUUGGUAACCAAAGUACCGUCUCGUCCAGGCCCGACUCCCGCCAGGGCUGAGGCGCCGGGAACACCGAACACCCCCAUGAAGACGUGGGCCGCCCGAUUCGAAUCCCAGACCGACCUACCGAAAUGACAGAGAACGAACCCCCCGCCCUCGCUGCACACGACGAUGGCCGAGGCACCAGAAGCCGCCGCAUCAUGGGCAAGCUCUUUGGCCGCGACCGCGACCGCAAGGCAGCCCGCGACGACGGCGACCUGGACGACUUCUUGCACGGAUCGACCGACAAGCUGCAGGCUGCCCAUCCGGGCCCGCCCGCGCUCACCAAGAUUGACACCAGGACCGCCUCCCGAUAUCCCAACGCCCACGAGGUGGGCACGGUCGCCGCCGAGCCCCAGCGGGCGGAAUACCCCGUGCGGCCGCGCGACCCGGCAAAGAGAGCAAAGAAGGACGUCGCCGUGCAUUUCACAAACGAAGAACCGGAAGUCAUUGGCGAUGGCGGUGACGAGUGUGACGUCCCCACCAUCGAGGUGUCGAAACGAAAGAAACUGAGACCCAAACCGAGCCCUUCUGCCGCACCAUCCCAGCCCGCUAGCUUCGGAGGCAGCCCCCAGAACCCGUUCGCAGACCCGUCGGACCACACAGCCGCGAUAGAGGCACAGCUCCGCCGGGGGCUGCGGCGCACCCAGACCGGGCUGCCAGCCGACCCCGACGCCCCAGGCUCGGGACUGUCACCGGGCCCGAAUUCGGGCGGCCGGUUUUUGGGUGCUCCCGCCGGCCCUCAUGACGAGAGGCGGAAGUCAUUCAUCGAGAUACAGCAAGCCCAGAUGCGGGAGGCCGAAGGUCGAGCCUUCGCAAACGCCGUCCGGGCGGCGUCGGGAGACCGGUCCCGACAACAACACCAGCGGAUGAAUUCCUCGUCCGCCUCGCUCGACCAGGAGCCCGAGUCUCCCGUGACCCCCUCGCCGGACUCGAUGCAACCCUCCCAGCUCCAAUCACCCGCGACCUUCACCAAACAACCUCCUCCGAUUCCAGCCAAGGCACAACGCCCGCAGUUACCUCCGAUGCAACCCCCUCCGCCGCCCGAGCCCCGAGACUCCCCGCCCUCGCAGAACGCCUAUACUCCGACAAGCCAACACUCGGACUCGCCAGAGCUUGUAAAGAGAGCACAGAAGGUCGAGAACAGCCCCGCAACCCUCUAUUCGGCAGCAUCGUCAAGUUUCCACCAUCCGUUCGCUUCAUCGAGACAAGGGACCAAGAUCGCGGAGAGGGACUACGCCUCGCCCACGCAGCAGCAGGCGGCGGCGGCGGCGGCGGCGACGAGCCUUCAGGACGUCGUGGCGGCCGCGUCGGAGGACGCUAUGAAUGCGUUCGUGACACGCACCCGCCAUCUGUUCGAGCUGUUCCGCCUGCACGCCGAGAGCGUCCGGCCGCUUGUCUCAUCUACUCCCCAGCAGCUCGCGCGGGCUUCCCUAUGGUGGUUCCUGACUGGCCGGACGGCGUUGGAGGUCGCCAUCCGAGAUCGCCCUUCCACCCCGGAAUCGCAGAUGAAGAACGAUAUGGCGAAGCAGCAGGCAUACGCCGACUUGGCCAAGAGUUACUGGCUCCUGGAGGAGGCGAUGCCGGAAGUGGUCCGGAGCGGGCGGAGCCCACCCGACAAGGAGGCCGACAGUGUCCGAUCCACGAUCGGUUCGAGCCUUCGCAAACUGGCCGGGUCCAUGAAGCGGAACGGUUUCCUCCCGCCCGAAGAAGCAUUCCUCCCCCAGACGGUCGACAGGACCGUCUGGAUCGACUACCCGCCAUUGUCGCAGGACAUUACCUCUCUGCUUUGCGGUUCCAACUCGGCCCUGGCACAGAGUCACGCCACCUCUGGAAUGACUAUACUGGAGUCGCUGCCGCUGGCCGAUUCGGCGACCACUUUCUGCUUUACCCGCUUCAAGGUAGACGCGUUCCUGAUGGAGCAAGGCAGAGAGUCGCGGCGUCUUUACCUCCCGUGCUUCCUGUCCAUCACCAGGCCGCAGACACAGCCGGACAUUGUCUUCAUCCUCGCCAGUCAGAACGGGUCGGUCCAGCUCCGGAUAUCGGGGAACAAAAACACCGGCCCGGUCUGGGACGAGGUCCGCUGGCAUAACGAGAACUGCAACUUCGAAGUGAGGCUGCCCCGAGGCUUCCUACUCCUGGUACAGUGCGCGCAGCAGGCAUAUUCCACGCUGCGGAGCAUGUAUGAUUUCAGCGCAAAGGUGCACUCCAGCCUCUACCCGAGGCAGGACGAGAGCUGCAUCUUCAGGUCCACACUCCGGGCGUUCCAAUACAUCGACAACGACCCGCAGUCCAGGCAGUUCCCCAAGGAAUCGACGCCCAAUUGCGAGGUCGCCCUGUUCGAGCGUCUGUUCAGGGAGGGGGCGGCUACCGGUCCUCGAACCUAUCACAAGGGCUACCGGAUCGCGGUCGUCACCGGGCCGCGGACCAAGACGUUGAGCGGCGUCAACCAGGUGUACUCCCCCCAAACACCGAUCCGGUUCGGGUUCCUGCGUAGCGAGACCAACGAUCCCGCUCUCUCGCUCAAGUUCGACAACGGCCGGUUCAAGGGGAACAUGGUGAUGUCCUUUGCCGACGAGGCCGAGAGGUUGCGGAUGCACAGCUUACUCAUAGGGACCGCUCUGGAUCGGGGCGAGAGCGUCUCUGGCGAAGCGGCCCUCCAGGGCGUCUGGUUCUCGGAGAGGUUCGGCGACGCCCGGGACAAGGGCCUGAUGGCCCUCUCCACGUUGACGUGGAACAAAGUUAGGGUGAUCAACUACGACAACGACGGCGACAACAACCCUUCGUGCGUGCUCGCCGAUAGGCUACGCGUCGUCUACGAGUUCCGAGACGGCACGCUCACCGACCGCAUCAACGUCGCCCCGGGCGAGCUCAAGAUCCGUCUCGAUGUGCAGAAUCCCAGCUGCCUCAUGGUGUUCCGCCAGCCCCAGUCCGAUAUGACGGUCGCCGUGACCGAGGCCAACUCGUCCCGCAGCCUCUCGGCCGGUCUCGCCAUGGCGCUGGAGACUCUCCGGCAGUCCCCCACCAUCCGCACCUUCAUGUUCCCCAACCUCAACGACCUGCACACGUUCGAGACCGCCAUCACCGGCUUCAAGAUCCUCUUCGACGGCACCGCCUCGGCCUUCGCCAUCUCGCGCCGCCGCAUGGUCGUGCCCAUCCACAAGAAGUGGGAGGCCGGGGCGACGCGCAUCCAGGUGGUGCAGCAGGACGGCGUGUCGCAGCUGCUGGCCUUCUUCGAGGACUUCAGCCACGGCCAGUGCAUGGGCUUCCACCUCAAGGGCACCGACGUGUUCGAGGCCUUCAGCCGGAGCGGCAAGGCCGGCCUCAAGAUCGACGACGCCAAGUUCCCGCUGCCCAAGACGCUCGCGCCGGACGCGGACGGCGCACAGCAGGCGGCCGAUGCCGCGUUCCUGUGCCUCGAUCUACCCGAGCUGCCGGGAGAACAUGACGACAUCUCGAUUCUGUUUGAUAGUGAAGAGGAACGCGACAAGCUCAUUGCUUGCCUUCCCGCGCCAGUCAAUAGGCCGCGGUUGCCAAAGCUCAAGGGGAUGUCAUGAGUGAGACCUUGAAUAAGGGGGGAUAUUACGCAGCAGGGAACAGAGGCCCACAGUCACUUAUAUAGUACGCCGUGGGUUAUUUGUUUUUCUUUAUGUAACCCGCGUCGAUAGCACGAGGCACCUACUGGAAUGUACCUUGUGUUUUGUCUACCAUGAUUUGAGCGGGAUGUUGUCGGCGAGACGCCGAUGGGACGGGAGAAAUACCAUGUAUGGGUUGAUAGAAUUUACCCUUUGGUAGGAGCCAACGAUAACUUUGAUAAACCGUGUGUAAAUGACUAUCUAUCUUUGCCGACGGCAGUCGUGUUACAGAAGGAUAAUCAGGAAUUUGGAUUCCCCAACUUUGGCAUGCUCCCGCACUAACGCCUCAACUCCAAUGCAAGAAACCUCCGGUAUAGUUCAUUUUGGAUCCGCUCGAUGCCCACAUAUAUAGAGACGUGACCUCUCUCUCUCCCCGGACACACAACAAGACCUCUUCUUCUUGUGCUGCCUGCCGCGGGACCCUUGGCGCGCCAGACCUGCCACUGUUGAAAGCGCGCUCCUAAUCUAAUACCGUCUCCUGGUCGGUUCCGGGCUCGGCGACCUCGUGGGGCUGCGCGAGCGCGGCUUCAUCUUGAGCCACUUCUUGGUGGACAGCUCGAGCUCCCUCUCGAGCUCCGGGCUGGGGUUCUUGCGGUGGAUGAAGUUGCAGAAGCCGCCGCGGACGCAGCCCUCGCCGCUGUUGAGGCGGCAGCAGGCCUCGCGGAAGUCGGUGACGGGGCUGAGCUCGCAGUAGAUGGGGCGGGCGGCGUACCAGCGCGAGUUGAGGUCGUCGCACGCCCGCUGCGCGCUGUCCUCGUACUUGAAGCGGGCGUAGACGUUGCCGAUCAGGUGGUCGUUGUUGUUGUCGCACACGACGAGCUCCUCGAGCUCGCCGUACUUGCACAUCUCGCACCAUAUGUCCUCGUAGAAGGCGUCGAAGUGGUUCUGCAGCUGCGACGCGUUCAUCCGGUUCUUGGGGUCGAACGCCGGGUUCUGGUACAGGUUCGGCAUCAGGAUCGUCUGGCUGUACGACGGCUUGACGUGCUUGCGGCUGCAGCGGUCGCCGUGCCGGCAGGCGCCGAUCUUGUAGUAGAAUGAGCAGUUGACCUUGUCCUGCUCGGUGCCGAAGAUGGAGGCGAGGAAGUUGGCCAUGGUCGGCGGUCGGAGCUCCGGUGGGGAGAUGGAGAUGGAGUGUGUGUCGAAGAUAACUCGUCGGCAAAGGAAUUUGCUUCGCGUUGGCUGUCGAGAGGAAAGAAAAAAAAGGAAAACUGGAGAUUGAUUUGGGCAAUAAAAUGAUUGCUUUUGUGGCUUCGCGUGGUCGAUCGACCGAGUCGUAACUCCGUCCUGCGUGUGUAGUUG